AUGGGAAUUCCUCAAGCCAUGGUUGCUCUCCGAGAAAGAGCAUCGUUCGUGAAAGACUCUCUUCACAGAAGCCAAACCAUCACAGAUAACAUGGUUUCAAUUCUCGGUUCCUUCGAUCAUCGUCUCUCCGCCCUCGAAACCGCAAUGCGUCCCACUCAGAUAAAAACGCAUUCGAUUCGAAGUGCUCAUGAUAAUAUUGAUAAGACUUUGAAAGCUGCGGAAGUGAUUUUGACGCAAUUUGAUCAGACACGCAAGGCAGAGGCUAAAAUAUUGCGAGGGCCACAUGAGGAUUUAGAAAGCUAUUUGGGAGCAGUUGAUCAGCUUAGAGCUAAUGUUCGUUUCUUCAGCAGCAAAAAGAGUUUCAAAAGCAGUGAUAGUAUCAUCAACCAUGCAAACAGCUUGCUUGCUAAAGCUAUUUUAAAGCUUGAAGAUGAAUUUAAACAUCUUUUGACAAAUUACAGCAAGCCUGUGGAACCUGAUCGCCUUUUUGACUGCUUACCUAACUCUCUAAGGCCAUCAUCUUCUGGGCAGCAGAAUGGUGGCGGUGGCAAAACCCAUUCAGAAAAACCAAGCAUAGAAACUGUCACUUUCACUCUCCCAACUCUUAUUCCCCCCAGAGUUAUACCUCUGCUUCAUGAAUUAGCACAGCAAAUGGUUCAAGCAGGCCAUCAACAGCAGCUCUUUCGAGUCUAUACAGACACCCGUGCUGCAGUCCUGGAGCAAAGUCUAAGAAAGUUAGGUGUUGAGAGGCUGAGUAAGGAGGAUGUUCAAAAAAUGCAAUGGGAGGUUUUGGAGGCUAAGAUUGGAAACUGGAUUCAUUUCAUGAGGAUUUCUAUCAAAUUGUUGAUUGUGGGGGAAAAAAAAAUCUGUGAUCAAAUAUUUGAUGGUCAUGAGUCAGUAAAAACUCAAUGCUUUGCUGAAGCCACUGGCAGCAGUGUGGCUAUGCUUCUUAGUUUUGGGGAGGCUGUUGCCAGAAGCAAGAGGUCACCUGAAAAACUAUUUGUUCUUCUCGACAUGUAUGAGAUAAUGAGAGAACUUCAACCAGAGAUUGAGAUACUGUUUGAUAGUAAAGUUUGCGCUGAAAUGCGGGAAGCUGCAAUCAAUUUGACAAAGCGGCUUGCUCAGACAGCCCAAGAAACCUUUGGUGACUUUGAGGAAGCAGUUGAAAAAGAUGCCACAAAAACUGCUGUGCAAGAUGGAACUGUCCACCCUCUAACCAGCUAUGUCAUCAAUUACGUGAAAUUUCUCUACGAUUAUCAAGCAACUCUGAAGCAACUUUUUCAAGAGUUUGAUCCUGGCGAUCCAGAAGCUCAGUUAGCAUCUGUUACAACAAGGAUUAUGCAGGCUCUCCAGAAUAACUUAGAUGGAAAAUCUAAACUAUAUAAGGACCCAGGACUAACCCAAUUAUUUCUUAUGAACAACAUCCAUUACAUAGUGAGAUCUGUGAGAAGGUCAGAGGCAAAGGACAUGUUGGGGGAUGACUGGGUACAAAUACACAGAAGAAUUGUGCAGCAACAUGCAAAUCAAUAUAAAAGGAUCUCUUGGGCAAAGAUCUUGCAGUGCCUCACUGUCCAAGGAACUAAUUCAUCUGGUGGAGCGGACAGCGGACUUUCAAGAACAGCAGUUAAAGACAGGUUCAAGACAUUUAACACUCAAUUUGAGGAGCUUCAUCAGAGACAAUCUCAGUGGACUGUUCCUGAUAGUGAGUUGCGUGAAUCACUUAGAUUGGCUGUUGCCGAAGUUCUGUUGCCUGCCUAUAGAUCUUUUCAUAAGCGUUUUGGGCCCUUGAUUGAGAAUGGAAAAAAUCCUCAAAAAUACAUCAGAUACUCUCCUGAGAAUCUUGAACAAAUGCUCGGUGAAUUUUUCGAAAGCAAGGCGUGGAGUGAACAGAAGCGAUGA